GCCCAGGAUCUAUCGGACUUGAUAUUUCAUUUCCAGGGUUUAGUCAUGUAUAUGGAAUUCCUCAACAUGCAUCAUCGCUUUCAUUGAAAGAGACACGAGGAGGUAUUGGUGCCUAUUCUGAUCCUUAUCGUUUGUAUAAUUUGGAU